GCGUCCGGCCGGCGGGCAUGGCGCUCUUCCACGUCGCGCGGUACGCGGGCCCCGAGGCGGCCGGGGCGGAGAGCGAGGCGGGCGGCCGGGCGCGCGCGCUGCUGGAGCGGCUGCAGUGCCGGGCCCGAGAGCGGCAGCAGCGACAGCAGCCGCAGCAGCGCGAGGCCGCACGGGCGGCGGAGGCGGCGGGGCGGCGGCGGCGGAGACCGCGCCGACCGCGGAGGCGCGAAGGCGGCGGGGCGCCGGGGAGCCCGCACGCGCCGCCAGGGAAGCGGCCGAAGGUGGACGGCGAGGACGUGCGCGCAGGGAGCAGCGAGGAGGCGCCGGGCGAGAGCGGCGCGGACGCCGGGGGCGCGGGGCCGCCGGAGCACCCAGGCGGACGGCCCCCGGGAGAGGCGUCGGGGCCUCCAGCCCACGCCCUGCUCCUCGGGGCCGUGGGGAGAAGCGGGGCGCCCAAGGUCCAGCCUUUCCUGCCUUCGUGGUUGGCUGAACCCAGCUGUGUUGGAAAGAGUGUCACUGAAGACUCGGUGCCUAUCGAGCACAUCCCCGCAGUGCACCCCGACAUGCAGAAGAAGCUGCGGGCACACGGCAUCUCGUCCUACUUCCCAGGUGCUGGGGGCCGGGACAGGCACGCCUUGAAGAGCGUCUGCACCAAGAGCCGCACAAGGCCACAGUGCAGCAGCUGUGAACGUGGGCUGCUAGUCCAGGCAGCAGUGAUCCCUGCCCUCCUGGAGAGCACAGCCGACGGGUUUCUGGUUGCCAGAGGCGGCUACUGGCCCAGAGACCUCUGUGUUUCCGCCCCGACCGGCAGCGGGAAGACUUUGGCCUUUGUCAUCCCUGUGGUACAGGCCCUGCUCGGUCGAGCCAUCUGCCAGGUCCGUGCCUUGGUUGUGCUGCCCACUAAGGAGCUGGCCCAGCAGGUGUGCAAAGUGUUCAACAUCUACACAGAUGCCACACCUCUGCGUGUCGCUCUGAUCACUGGGCAGAAGUCACUGGUCAAGGAGCAGGAGAGUCUCGUCCAGAAGACAGCAGACGGCUUCCGCUGCUUGGCUGAUGUGGUGGUGGCCACCCCGGGCCGCCUGGUGGACCACAUCGACCAGACUCCAGGAUUCAGCCUCCUGCACCUCCGAUUCCUGGUCAUCGACGAGGCCGACCGCAUGAUAGACAGCAUGCACCAGUCCUGGCUGCCCCGGGUGGUGGAGGCAGCCUUCCCGAGUGAUGGUGCCAAGGACCCCUUUGUCCUGCUCCAGAGGCGGCAGCCCCAGGCUCCCACUGCCGCCAGUAUCUCUUGUCCUCAGAUGCCUCUGCAGAAGCUGCUCUUCUCGGCCACCCUGACCCAGAAUCCGGAGAAGCUACAGCAGCUGGGCCUUCACCAGCCCUGGCUCUUCUCCACGGGGCUGGCGCGCAGAGACCCCAGAGACAGCGACGCAGACAGGGACUCGGGCGGGAAGUACGCCUUCCCAGCCGGACUCUCGCACCACUACGUGCCCUGCAGCCUCCGCACUAAGCCACUGGCCAUCCUGCACCUGAUCCUGGAGAAGAAUUUCUCAAGGGUCCUCUGCUUUACCAACUCCCGAGAAAACUCCCACAGGCUCUUCCUGCUAGUCCAGGCUUUCGGAGGCGUGACGGCGGCUGAGUUCUCCUCCAGCUGCGGGCCCGGCCAGAGGAAGGCGGUCUUGAAGCAGUUUGAGCAGGGCAAGAUUCAGCUCCUCAUCAGCACAGACGCCACCGCUCGAGGCAUUGACGUGCAGGGCGUGCAGCUGGUCGUCAACUACGACGCCCCCCAGUACCUGCGCACCUACGUGCACCGGGUCGGAAGAACCGCCCGCGCUGGGAGAACUGGACAGGCCUUCACUCUGCUCCUCAAAGUGCAGGAGAGGAGAUUCCUGCGCAUGCUAGCGGAAGCCGGGGUGCCAGACAUGACGCGGCAGGACAUCCCCAGCGAGCUUCUGCAGCCGCUGGUCCCGCGGUACGAGGAGGCCUUGUCCCAGCUGGAGCGAGCCGUCAAGGAGGAACGAAGGCAGAAGGCGCCCUGACGGUCUCGGGGGGACAGGCGAGCUGAGCCCCCUGCAGAGCAGACCCUUCCACCCUGUGUCCUCUGCGGGGCUCAGCCCCUUCCUUUCCGGAAAAAUCCUGAGCAGCAGCUGCUGGGUACGGAGCAAAAGACAGAUUCCUUGGAUUUCAGAGGGAGCAACCAGUGGGAAGGGCCUUCUUCCCCCGGUGCGCUGCCUCCUUGUGCCGGGCCCCAGACACGGUCGCUGCAGCAGGCCUGGCGCUGGGCAAGCUCAGGCCUGGGUGAGACGCUCACCGGGCAGCCUCCACCCGGGGCGGGGAUCUCAUGAACCUGCUCACGUUACUGCAGAACUGACAGGGUGGCAUCCGGGACCACAGGUGGCCUCAGGGUGUCUGCCACGCUGCACAUCCAUGAGCCAUUCCCGGCGCUGUCACGGCUUCCACGCGGGGCACAGCACACCAUGCGGCUGGGGGUCCUCCCCACGGGGAUGGGACAAACCUCCCGACCCACCAGCGUGCGCUGUGAACGUAAUGGAAAAUAGGCUUUAGAAGCACUGACCCGACACUUGUGUAAGGAUUUUUGUCCAAAAUUGCGUGCUGAUAUUAAAACAAACUUGAAGAAACCAG